UUUACUCCCUUGCUUCCCCGCCUUGACUCUUGAGUUCUUCCCCCAAUCUCAUCCCAAUCUCAUCCCAGCCUACACACUACAGUCGACACCAUGACCACCCGUUAUCGCGUUGAAUAUGCCCUUAAAACCCACCGGCGAGAUCAAUUCAUAGAAUGGGUCAAGGGGCUGCUGGCCGUGCCCUUCGUGCUCUACUCUCAACCCCAUGGCCCCAUCGACAGGCAAAGCAUGAACGAUCUUGCUCAGACACGCGAGGAAGCCCACCGGAGAUACAGCGAGAUUCUCCGCGAUGUUGAGGUCAUGAUAGACGACCACAUUGCCCACCAAAACGACGCCGAGAACCCCUUCCCAUCAAAGCUCAAGCUCCUAGUCCCCAGCAUAGGGCCCUUCUUCACCCGGUUGCCUCUAGAAGCUGGCUUCAAGUUCCAGGACCGCAAACGCUACAUCUCGUCCCGCCGCUUCGUCUCGCCCUCCUUCAACGACGUCCGCCUGAUCCUCAACUCGGCCCAGAUGAUGGCCGUGACCACCUACGGCACCCUCCAGCUCGCCACCUUCGACGGCGACGUAACCCUCUACGACGACGGGCAGAGCCUCGAGCCCGACAGCCCGAUCGUCUCACGGCUGAUUGACCUCCUCCGCAAAAACGUCAAGAUCGGCAUCGUCACCGCGGCCGGCUACACGACCUCGGACAAGUACUACGCGCGCCUGCACGGCCUCCUCGACGCGCUCGCCAACACAGCCGAACUAACCCCCUCCCAAAAACAAUCCCUCAUCAUCAUGGGCGGCGAAGCCAACUACCUCUUCGCCUUCUCGCCCACCUCGCCCCACCUGCUCACGCCCAUCCCCCGCUCGCAAUGGCUCACCCCGGAGAUGGCGGCCUGGGACGAACGUGACAUCGCCGAAGUCCUCGACGUCGCCGAGGCCGCGCUGCGCGACUGCAUCAAGACGCUCAACCUGCCCGCCGUGCUGAUGCGCAAGGACCGCGCGGUGGGCAUCGUGGCGGACCCCCCCUCGGCGCGCAUCCCGCGCGAGUCGCUCGAGGAGACGGUGCUGGUGGUGCAGAAGGUGCUGGAGCUGAGCAGUGCGGGCAGGAGGGGGCGGGUGCCGUUUUGUGCGUUCAAUGGGGGCCGGGAUGUGUUUGUGGAUAUUGGGGAUAAGAGUUGGGGGGUGACGGUUUGUCAGCGCUGGUUUGGGGGUGGUGGUGGGAGUGGUGGGAAUGGGGAUGGGGGUGGUGCGGCUAUCAAGGGUGAUAAUACCCUCCAUGUCGGGGACCAGUUCCUGAGUGCGGGUGCCAACGACUUCCGGGCCCGCAGCGUGGGCACGACGGCGUGGAUUGCGAGUCCGGCUGAGACGGUGGAUCUGCUGGAUGAGUUGGCCGAGCUGAUGGGGAAGAAGAUGUCUUGAUGGGGCUGGAGGGGGUGAGCGAGUCAAGGUUGCGCGAUGAGCGGGUGUGUCCAUGUACUGUACACGAGAAUGUCACGG